GGCUCGUCGACCUAGAGCAGGUCAUGACUCACUGCGAGAACGCAGACGAGACGGAGCUAGGCUGGGCAACUCAAACGGAGAGAGUCCAACUGUGGAUGAAGGUGCUGUAUCACUUGCUGAUCGCUACGGCGAGAGGCAAGGCCCUCACGAUCCUCCAGAUGGCGCCAAAGAACAACGGUGCCAUAGGUUGGAAGAGGCUCAAGGACGAGUACGAACCGAAGUCGGGCGGGAGACUGACGGCGAUGCUGAUGGGAGUGCUCAAGCCAGAGUGGGAGACGGCCAUCAGAGGCGGCAUCCGCACGUGGGAAGCUGCCUGGAAGGAGUGGGAGAAGAGUGUCUCGCUCUACGAGGCCCAGUCCCUGGAGAGAGUCACGGAAGGUGCGAGGAUUGCUGUCGUGGCCAGAUGGGCUCCAGAGGACGUGAAGGCCGUGGUCCGCCAAGCCCUGGGGGCGAUCGGCCAGGACUACAACAAGCUGGCCAAGGUCGUCACGGACUACAUCGCCAGUGGCAAGGUCUACGAGACCACGGGAGCACCCCGCGGCAUCCAGUGCGACGGACCCAUGCCCAUGGGCGUCGGCAUGGUGAACGGGAAUGGAGACGUUGGCGGCGUCUUCAAGCCACCGAAGGGGCACGGCAAGCAGUCGAGGCCAUUGGUCAAGGGAUUGCUGGGCCCCAGGAGGUGGAGCAGCCAACCAGACAAAGGCAAGGGCAAGGACGCGAAAGGCGGAAAAGGAGGUAAAGAGAAGAAGAAGUGCGACAAGUGCGGGAAGCCAGGUCAUGAGGCCAAGGAUUGCAGGUCACACAUCAAGUGCGACAAGUGCGGGAAGAUGGGCCACAAAGCUUCAGAGUGCAGGUCGAAGCCAGAGAAUGCUGAGGUCAAGAGGAUAGUCAACGAGCAGGACGAGCUGUGGGUCAUGGGUGUCGCCGAGAGCGUGAACACCAUCAACGACGACAGCAAGUACGUGUGGGUCUCGAUUGAUAGCGGGUCGGACGCUGACGGGUGCCCCCUCGGUUUUGGUCACUCGAGCGACGACGUCGAGGAUCCCACCGAGGUGGAGCUGAGGACGGCCACCAACGACGAGAUCCAGGACUACGGCGAGCGGAACGUCGGCAUCGCGUUUCUGGACGAGACUGGCCACGAGGUGAUGGCCACGAACCGAUUUCGCAUCGGCGACUUCAGCAAGCCCGUGCUCAGCUGUGGCAUCAGAGUCAUGAGGGGGGCAGUCAUUCACUUGGAGACGGGGAACAGCUACAUGGCCCCGCCGAGCGUGAACGGCGUCCAGAGGAAGAUACACCUGACAAUGAUCGGGAAGAGCUUCUACGCGAGGUGUCGGGUGCUGGAGGACCACCGCCAGAACCUCAAGUUGCAUCUGCACCACCAGAACCUCAAGCUGCACCUGCACCGCCAGAACCUCAAGCCGUACCUGUACCACCACCACAAGCAGGCAUUGAGAGCUCGCCUGAAGGAGCUCAGGAGGCUUGGGAUUAUCGAUGCGGCCAUCUACGGCACCAAGAAGCAGCUGUGGGAGAGGCUCGUCAAGUGCGAGCACCAGCUAGAUGAGAAGAUGAAGGCCAAGGAGGCCCUCGAGGAGCGUCAACGGCGACUCCAAGAAGGCGUCGAUCCCGAAGUACCGAGGACACUGAAGAUCCCAGGGAGGCCUGACGCGGAGACCGUACGGCAGCACGAGCUUACUCACGCGAAGUUCCUGCCCUGGUGCCUGGAGUGCGUGUUCGGAAAGGGAGAUGCCGCACCCCAUCGGGGAGUUCAGUUUCUUACGGACAAGGAGCCAGAGGUGCCCGUCGUGCAGAUCGACUACCAUUUCUUGAAGGACGAUGGCGAGGAGACCGAGGACGCGGCCAACCGCUUCUCCACCACGCUGGCCGUCAUCGACUGCGACACGGGUGUUCCUCUACAGCUCAGCCUCCCAGAGAAGGGAGGCAACCACGACUACACUGUGACCUCGAUCGUGAGUUUUCUCAGGAGGCUGGGCGCCACUCAGCUCAGGCUCAGGAGUGACGGAGAGCCGAGCAUUGUCAGCAUAGCAAAUGCGGUGGCGGCCAAGAGACUCAAGUUCGAUGGCUACAAGGUCACAGUGGAGCAGACCCCCAGGUACUCAUCGCAGUCGCUCGGAGCUGUGGGGGCGCAGCAGAAGAUCUUGCAGGGCCAGACCAGAACCAUCCGAGCUGCAACAGAGAAGAUGCUGGGCAUCAAGAUAGGGCCAGGUCAUGUUCUGUGGCCGUGGCUUGUUAGACACGUAGGCUUCAUCACGGAGAUGUUCCACAUCAAGUCAAACGGACGGACUCCUCAUCAAGAUGCUACUGGCACCAAAUACCAUGUCGUCGUCCUGAAGUUCGCAGAGGCCGCCAUGUUCAAGCAUCCGAUGUCGUCGAGUGGCCACAUGACAGGAGGCAGACGCAGUCGCAAGUCCAAGCCGAUGUGGGAGAAGGGCGUCUUUCUGGGCAAGACCUACGAGAGCGACGAGUUCCUCAUGGGUACGAGCAGCGGGGUGCACUUGGUCAGGACUGUGCGCAGGCUCCCAGAGGAGGACCAAUGCGACCUAGAGCUCGUGGCCAAGGUAGUUGGGGUCCCCUGGGACCGAGGCAUUGGCCAGAUUGGAAGGCCGAAAGGCACGAGGGUGGUCAUUCUCCCGACUGCCCCACCUGAGAAGAAGCAAGGGGAGACUGAGGUCGACGAUACCAAGGAGGAGAAGGGAGUUCCAGACCCCACGGUGGAGAGAGGAGUUGCCGAGGACUGGAACAGCUAUGCGAGUGCCAGGAGUAGGACAGGCAGUGGCUACAUGGACGACGUGGCGCUCCCCACACCGAGGCAAGACGCAGGCGGAAGCUCGUCAUCACGUCCUGCCCAGCCCACUGGGGAGCCGGAGGUCCCAGAGGUUGAGAUGGGCACCGUCGGAGGCGUCGACGGCUUCGUGAUGGACGAGAUCGACCCGAUGCCCGUCAUGGAUCCAGAGAUGGACAUCGACUGGCACGAGGGAGAGUAUGACGUGGAACUCAUCAAGGCAGGCAAGUGCAAGGAGAUCAAUACGAUGCAGGAGUUUGGAGUGUUUGAGGCGGUGUCGCCUGAUGAGAUAGAUUCCACGUGGACAAGGUUGUCAACCAAGUGGGUGUACCAGGAGAAUGGUUAA